AUGGCCUCCGCCGCGCGCCCGCUCGUCAAGAUCGGCAUCCUCUCGAUCGGGGACAUGGGCGCGGGGCUGGCGCGGCUGCUGGGCGCGCACGGCUUCGCCGUCGCCACCAACUGCGGCGGCCGCGGGCCCGACACCGUCGCGCGGGCCCGCGCCGCCGGCGUCGAGCUGCUCGCCGACGACCGCGCCCUCGUCCGCGCCUGCGGCCUCGUGCUCUCCGUCGUGCCGCCGCGCGACGCCCACGCCAUCGCCCGCCGCGUGCUCGCCGCCCUCGACGCCGAGGACGCCGAGACCCCGAGCCCCCCCGAGCCCCUGUACUUCGCCGACCUGAACGCCGUCGCGCCGUCCACCGUCCGCGACAUCGCCGCCCUCUUCGCGCCCCGCGCAGCAGCGGCAGUGGCGGCCGAGGCGCCCGGCCCCCGCCCCCGCGAGGUGCGCUUCGUCGACGGGUGCAUCCUGGGCCUACCGCCGGCGCCCAAGACGCCGGCCCCGGACGCCCCCUCCUCCUCCUCCUCUUCUUCCCCCUCGUCCGUCGCCGACGACGACCUCGCCGCCGUCCUGGAGCAGACCUGGACGCGGCCGCGGAUCCCGACGUCGGGGCCGUGGGGGCUGGCGUCGAUCGCAGGGCACGGGCCGCGGCUGGCGGCGGUGCUGGCGUCGUCGGCCGUGGGCGCGGACGUGGGCGCGGCGUCGGGGCUCAAGAUGUGCUUCGCGGCCGUGAGCAAGGGCUUCAUCGCGCUGGCGACGCAGUCGUUCGCCACCGCGCGCGCCCUCGGCGUCCUCCCCGCCCUCGAGGCCGAGCUCGCCGCCGUCCUCCCCCACCACCACGCCGCCGCCGUCCGCGGCGUCGUCGCCAUGCCCCCCAAGGCCUACCGCUGGGUCGCCGAGAUGCGCGAGAUCGCCCGCACCCUCGCCGACGACGGCGGCUUCCAAGUCGGCGGCGGCGGCUUCGACGCCGCCGCCGAGCUCUUCCGCCUCGUCGCCGAGGACACCGUCCUCGGCCAGGAAAAGAUCGGCAAGCGCUCCCGCGGAACUACCGUCGAGGACGUGGCCGCGGCUGUCGUCGAGGGCGUGGCGAAGAAGCGCAAGAAGGAGGAAUGA